CUAGAAUGCGCAUUGCGGAGGGGGCCUGUCCUUGCCAGAGCUUCGAACUUGCGCACGCUAUGAUUGGCCAGAUACCUGCCCGACCUACAACUCAACCUCUUGUUUAUACUUCGAACCUCAGCCAGCUCCCAAUCCACUUCCAUUUCCAUCCAACCUUGUCUCAAAUAUUCUUUCCAGUUUGUGACCUGAAUUAUCUCGACCCUCACUCGUUUUUCCUCACUUAUUGUAAAUCCGACCACCCGUUACAGCCUUGCAACCGCAAUGCCAGUCGUACUUCGCAAGCGCAAGGCGGCUCAGCUUCCCGCAGAGCCUCCAGCCAAGAAGGUCGCCAAAGUCGCCAAAGCUGCGACCAAGUCUGCUCCCAAAGCUGCCCCCAAAGCUGCUCCCAAGGCUGCUACCAAGUCUGCGACCAAGGCCAAAGAUGCCGCCCCCGCGAAGAGCUCUAAGCCGGCGGCCAAGGUCAAUGGCAAGAGCGAACCGCCGAAGCGCACGGCAGUCAAACCCGUCAUCGGCGACGUGAUCACCCUUGAGGGCUUCGGCGGCGCGAUCGAGACCAAUGACGGCGAGAAGACCACACUCAAGGCCCUUGUCGACAAGAGCAAGGCCGGCGUUGUGCUGUUCACCUACCCCAAGGCCUCGACUCCUGGAUGCACCGCCCAGGCCUGCCUCUUCCGCGACUCGUACGCGACGCUCACGGCCGGCGGCCUGGCCAUCUACGGCCUGUCGGCCGACUCGCCGCGCGCGAACACGACCUUCAAGGACAAGCAGGCGCUGCCCUACCCGCUGCUGUGCGACCCGGCCGCGACCCUGAUCGCCGCCAUAGGCCUGGCGAAGUCGCCGCGCGGCACCGCCCGCGGCAUCUUCGCCGUCGACAGGGCCGGCAAGGUCCUCGCCGCCCAGGUCGGCAGCCCCGUCGGCACCGUCGACGUCGCGAGGAAGCUGGCCGCCGAGCUGGCGGCGGCUGCUGCUGAUGGCGGUGCUGAUGAUGAUGCCGCUAACGGGGUGGCGGAGAAGGUGGAGGCGGAGAAGGUAGAGGCGGAGGAGGGGGAGGGGGAGAAGGUGGAUGGCGAUGCGGCUGCCGGGACCGAGGAUCAGGCGAAGAUUGUUGAUGCUGAAAAGGCGGGGGAGUAGGUAGUUCACACAGCCUACUGUCUGUGCCGGCUCCGGCUUGAUUCAUGGAGGAGAAUCUGAUCUGCUCGUACCAGUGGCCCUCGGAGGCGCGAGGCAUAGCAGUUGAAGUUGAGGCAUCGUUUGUGCGAGUCCAUCCACAGUGUGUUUUUGUGUGGGCGUAAGGGGAAGGGUGUCUGGACUUGGGACGAUGGCUGGGGUUUCAACUGGCUACGUGUAUUGUUUUCGGUUGUUUCUUUUUUUGGGACAGGAAAUGACAGGCCAGAGAGGAACGAACCAGUCUGUUUGAGAAGCAAGUUUGCUAUAAUGCACUAUAAGAUAGUCCCACACAAUAAUAAAUCUUCGUUAUGCGAUAACAUGUCUCCCCAUCGCUGUAUGUUCUUCGCAACUCUCCCACUGGACAAAUGUGCCAACCCUUAAGGG